UCACGAGUCCUUGUUACCGGUACUUGUGGAAGGUUAGGAGUUACGACAGAGGAAGAAAACCUGCGCAGCCGAUCGCCUGUUGCCCUGUUCGUAGUUAUCCGGUAAAUUAUUGUCCUCUGUCGAGGAGUGCGAGGCCUAGCAGCGGAGUACAAGUGGAAACUCGCUGCUCACUCCUCUGUGUGACGGAGCAGUAUUUGCUACCAUUCGGCGAACUGUUUCGGUUGCUGCUUGUUUGUGUCACCGGGCUCACCUUGCUGAAGUCGCUCCGCAGUACUCGUUGGGACGCGAGAGCGUAAAUCAGGCCACAUGGCGACGACCAGUUGAGUCAUUCUUCUACACUCCACCAAGAAGCGUUCAUCUCGCUUCAAGAGCGACACCGGAAGGAAAUAGGCUUGGGCGGCAGGUGCGACGGAACGUUCCGACUCGCAUAUAUAGCCGUUGUCGGCGCACAAACUUGCCGACCGCUUCUUAGUUCCGUCAAGCACUCGCUGCUGGACAGGUGUUGACGGAUAAGGGCGGCUGCAACCGGUGUUAGCCCGGUGUCCACGGGGCCCGGAGCAGCUGUGGAUACAUCUGUCGGGUACGUCUUCCGCCAGUAUUGGUGUAUUCCUCAUGUCAACAAGGGCAGCCGGUGUAUGUAGCAGCUGUGUAGUGGUUCGGCCCUGAACCAUCACCGCCAUGGCCAGUAGAGAGCGGACCGCACUGAUGUCGGACGGAGGGCAGACCUCCUACGAUUCCAGCGGAUCCGGAUCCCGCACGGGCACGCAGGGUUCGCUGAAUCGCAUGUCGCACAUGAUCCACCUGCUGCAGACGGGCAGCGGAACAACCCCGCAGCCUGCGCAGUCUGGCGCGGCCGACCAAGUGGAUGGAGCGGCAACGCAUGGCAAAGACAGUACGCGCAAUCCGGUGUUGCCUUUUGUCGGCGGUACGGCUGCGUACGUUGAGGAGUUGCGCAAGGUCAAAGUGACGGAACUCUGCCGACCAGGCACCAGCUUCUUUCCCAACGAUCAGCUCCGGCGUGUUGAUUUCGUCCUAGUCUGGGAGAAGGACUCUAACAACAGCGAGAAGCAGGUCCGUCAGCGGCGUGUGUUUGAGGCAUGGCUGCGACGGCAUCGCGUCCAGAUGGUGGAUUGUGUGGCCACGACCGACAGCAACCGCCACUUUGUAUUGCUGCACGCUCCCAGAGACCUGCUACUGGACAAAGCCGAGGAAAUGCAUGUCAAAAUGACAGUCAGAGAUUAUGAUAGGGAAGAAGAUCAUUUCUCUCGUAAGAUCUUUGGCGUGUGUAACUCUGAUCCACUGAGGUGCGGUGUGGAGGAGACGACCAUGCAUGUAGCUAGUCCCUUCUCAAAGAACUUGUGGAAGCAGGGAAGGUACAAGGACUCUGACAACUUUGAGCGCUUUUUCAGCAUAAAGCAGCGUUGCAGAAUGGUGCAUCAAAUCUUGACGGAGACGCGAUUCGGUGAUGAGCCCAGCGAUAUUGGCAUUGAGCAACUGGUAGAAAGUGGAUCAUACAUGGCAGCAUUCCCUCUUCAUGAGGGUCUCGACACUCCGUCCAGUGAUUGGUCAGGUAUGCAGGAGGAUCUGUCUCCACGACAACUGCUGAGGCAGUACUGGAGUCGCUGGGGAUGCUGGUACAAGUAUCAGCCGCUGGAUCACGUCAAGGACUACUUUGGAGAGCAUAUAGCCAUCUACUUUGCUUGGCUAGGUUUCUAUACAGCCUGGCUCCUACCUGCUGCUCUGAUAGGACUCAUUGUGUUCAUUGGAGGUGUUGCAACGGCCAACAGUGAUGAAGGAGUACGAGAGGCAUGUGACAAGUACAAGCUGAUGUGUCCGCUGUGUAGUGAGAACUCCAGCAAGUGUGAGGCAUGGAAUUUGAGCACCAAGUGUACUCUUUUCAAGAUGGAGCGUAUGUUUGACAACGAGGGAAGUGUGUUCUUUGCAGUCUUCAUGGCGCUAUGGGCUACCCUGUUUCUGGAAUUCUGGAAGCGGCAAACAGCAGUGCUCUCCUUUCGCUGGAACACGAUGGACUUUGAAGCUGAGGAGGAACCUAUCCGGGCAAAGUACGCCCUGAAGGCGACUGAGCGGCGGAAAAACCCCAUCACGGACUCCGUGGAGCCAUACAUGCCCGAGGCAAAGCGCUGGCCACGUUACCUUACUGGAUUCUCAAUUCUUCUGGCUAUGGUUGGCAUGAUAGGUAUCAGUAUUAUAGCUGUCAUGGUGUAUCGCACAUUCAGCACAAAGCUGCUUGGUGCGGGCCUUGGUGCCACCGUGGCUAGCGUCUCGUCAUCUGUUAUCCAAGUCGUCAUCAUCAUCAUACUCAGCAAGAUUUAUGAGAAACUGGCAGUCAUACUGACCGAAUGGGAGAACCACCGUACUGAAUCGUCAUACCAGGACAACCUGACGCUGAAGCGGUUCCUGUUUGAGUUUGCCAACUACUACUCCUCUCUGUUCUACAUUGCGUUCUUCAAGGGCCGCUGGUUAGGAGAGCCUGGUCACUGGGCACUGAAUGUGUUCAAGUUCCAUCCUGAGCAGUGCUCUGCUGCGGGCUGCAUGCAAGAACUGGCCCAGCAGCUUGCUAUCAUCAUGGUGGGAAAACAGAUGAUUAACAAUGUACUGGAGUUCAUACUACCGCUUUUGAAGAACUUCAUGGCGAAGCGCAAAGCACGCAAGGAAGCAGAGCAACAAGCUGCCGAAGCAGGCAUCGACGUUGCAGGUUUGAUACCACGAGCUGAGAAGGAAGUGAUACAGUGGGAAGAAGACUUCACACUGGAAGAGGACGAAGGAUUGUUUGGCGAGUACCUGGAAAUGGUGUUGCAGUUUGGCUUCAUCACCAUCUUCGUAGCUGCGUUCCCGCUGGCGCCGCUGUUUGCCCUGCUGAACAACUGGAUUGAGAUCAGACUGGACGCACACAACUAUGUCAGUGCCAUGAGGCGACCUGUACCGCAGGUUGCGCAAGACAUUGGAGUGUGGUAUACCAUCCUUGACAUGAUCGUCAAAAUCUCCAUCAUCUGCAGUGCCUUCAUCAUCGGCUUCACGUCCAGUUUCAUUGACCGUGUCUUUUACAAGUUCAACUUCAAACAGGAUCUAGUUGGAAUCACCGACUUCACCAACUCUCUGAUUAGCGGUAGCGUGAACGGAUCAGGACUUGGCUAUGAUUGUUGGUACGUGGGCCACCAUGAUUACUAUGGAAACCGCACAAUUGAUUACUGGCAUCUGGUGGCGAUACGAGUAGCAUUUGUCAUCGUGUUUGAGCACGUCGCAUUCAUCGUGGCAAACGCCCUGGAUCUUCUCGUGCCGGAUAUACCCAAGAGCCUGGAUGAGAAGAUCAAGAGAGAGGCGUACAUGGCUCAACGCGAACUGGAGGAGAUACUGGCAAGCGAAAAGCAGGACGACAGCAGCGAGGAGGAGGAUUUGUUCAGGACAAUAUAGCCACGCCACUGCCAUGGGCGCCAGGAUUUGGAGUUUCCGAGUCCGGCCGCCGCCGCGGCAGGAAAUAGCCAGGACUCCGGGCUUUAAAAAAAUUCCGUUCGACUUCUCUAAGUUUGUUACUAUUUUCAAGUAUUUUGCCAAUUUUCUUACUAUGUAUUCUGUUCAAGCCAUGCCCGUUGUGUUCAGUUUCUCAUGCUAGUGUUCAACAGACAAUACUGUAGUACUAGUACGCUGCAAUUCAGACACUGCCUUGGGGUCAGCACCCAGACUGCCUGCAUGACACUGCCUUGGGGUCAGCACCCAGACUGCCUGCAUGCUGCAGUUGAAUAGUGCUACUUCGAAGUAGUCGGUUGCUUAGCAACCUGGUAGAGACUGUUUUAAUUGGUGCCUGUGUAGUUUCCGUACUGCGUGUUAUUUUAUGUUUCGGUGA